UGGAGUGCCGGCGGCGGUCCGGGCGCUCGCUGGCUGAGGGACGGCGGCCGCCGCCAUGAUGCUUGUUUGCUUUCAAUGAAAACGAGGGGGGCGCGGAGGAGGAGGCGUCGGCGUCGGUGGCGGCGGCGACGGCGGCGCGGAGGCGAAGGCAGCGGCGGGCGCAGCGAGGAGGGCGAGGCCGGGGGCCGAGAGGGCGGGAGGGCGUAGUGGCGGCCCGUCGGGGCGGCUGAGGCGGGCAGCUGAAGCAGUGGCUCUUGGAGGGGGAACAAAGAGCAGCGACUAAGGCGGCAGAGGAGCGGCGGCGGUGGCGGCGCUGCAGCAGCGGGCGGGACUGGUAUGGUGGUUCCACAGGUCAGACCCCGCUGCACUCACAGGGAGGAGGAGGCGGCAGCGGCGGAGGAAGGCGGCGCACCCCGAGAGGCAUGCCCAAAGAAAAAUACGAGCCCCCUGACCCUCGGAGGAUGUAUACAAUUAUGUCUUCUGAGGAAGCAGCAAAUGGAAAGAAAUCCCAUUGGGCAGAGCUUGAAAUCAGUGGAAAAGUAAGAAGCUUAAGCGCAUCUUUGUGGUCACUAACUCACCUGACAGCUUUGCAUUUGAGUGACAAUUCCCUCUCCCGAAUUCCUUCAGACAUUGCCAAGCUUCACAAUCUGGUGUAUUUGGACCUGUCAUCUAACAAAAUUCGUAGCUUACCCGCAGAACUCGGAAACAUGGUAUCACUCAGGGAGCUCCAUUUAAAUAACAACCUGUUACGAGUUCUACCUUUUGAGCUGGGAAAACUGUUUCAGUUGCAGACUUUAGGCCUGAAAGGAAAUCCCCUUACCCAGGAUAUAUUGAACCUUUAUCAGGAACCAGAUGGAACAAGACGGCUGCUGAACUAUUUGCUUGAUAAUUUGUCAGGUACUGCAAAAAGAAUUACAACAGAACAACCACCUCCAAGGUCUUGGAUUAUGUUGCAAGAACCAGAUAGGACAAGGCCAACUGCCUUGUUUUCUGUCAUGUGCUAUAAUGUUCUUUGUGAUAAAUAUGCGACCCGGCAGUUAUACGGCUACUGUCCAUCAUGGGCGCUAAACUGGGACUACAGGAAAAAGGCCAUUAUUCAAGAAAUCUUGAGCUGCAAUGCUGAUAUCGUAAGUCUUCAGGAGGUUGAAACGGAACAGUAUUACAGUUUUUUUCUGGUAGAACUGAAAGAACGUGGCUAUAAUGGAUUCUUCAGUCCUAAGUCUAGAGCUAGGACAAUGUCGGAACAAGAAAGGAAACAUGUUGAUGGCUGUGCAAUAUUCUUCAAGACAGAAAAAUUUACUUUGAUUCAGAAACACACUGUUGAAUUUAAUCAGCUAGCCAUGGCAAAUUCUGAGGGGUCUGAAGCUAUGCUGAACAGAGUCAUGACAAAAGAUAACAUUGGGGUUGCAGUACUGCUAGAACUUCGGAAGGAAUCGAUUGAAAUGCCGUCUGGAAAGCCACAUCUUGGAACAGAAAAACAACUUAUUCUUGUGGCUAAUGCCCACAUGCAUUGGGACCCUGAGUACUCUGAUGUGAAGUUGGUACAAACUAUGAUGUUCCUCUCAGAAGUGAAGAACAUUAUUGAUAAAGCCUCUCGCAACCUCAAAUCCAAUGUUUUGGGAGAAUUUGGAACUAUUCCACUUGUGUUAUGUGCAGAUCUUAAUUCUUUGCCAGACUCUGGUGUUGUAGAAUAUUUGAGCACAGGUGGAGUAGAAACAAAUCACAAAGACUUUAAGGAGUUGAGAUAUAAUGAAAGUCUCACAAACUUCAGCUGUCAUGGGAAGAAUGGAACCACCAAUGGAAGGAUCACUCAUGGUUUCAAGUUACAGAGUGCCUAUGAGAGUGGCCUGAUGCCUUACACGAAUUACACAUUUGAUUUCAAGGGUAUAAUCGACUACAUUUUCUAUUCUAAACCUCAGCUGAACACCUUAGGCAUCCUGGGCCCUCUGGACCACCACUGGCUGGUUGAGAAUAACAUCAGUGGCUGCCCGCACCCCCUCAUCCCCUCUGACCACUUCUCACUUUUUGCACAACUGGAGCUCUUACUGCCUUUCCUGCCCCAAGUCAACGGCAUCCACCUUCCUGGCAGGAGGUAGUCAAGCACCUUCAGAGGACAGCCUUGAUUCACUUGUAAACUUGUGAAAAUCUGAACAUAGGGGAGUGAGGUAUGGCCACUGAGGAUUUUUGUUUGCUGAAGAAUGAUUUGGAUUUUCAAUCUGAUUAUUUGAUAAGGAUAUAGUAUGAAAGCCAGGUGCUAGCAACAGACAAAUUCUGAGCCCAAUAUGCUUUAUACUGCUAGACAGGGAUUGGUGUGUUUGCACCUAUCUUUAAUUUGUUAUAAGAAAUUUUCCUAUUUCUUCUAUCCAAUAUAAUAUUUUCAUGCCUUGAAAUAGGAAAAUGUUUGAACAGCGUAUUCUCUUUGCACAGAAAUCUGUAGCACUACUUUUUUGAGGCCAGUAGUAACAUCCAGAGACCAUUCUUCCAUACUUUACUCCCUCCUUUUUCAGACUUGUUUGUAAAAUAUAGAAUCUGAAUUUAGCCUUUAUGAUUGUAUAUGAUCCACAGAAGACCUGAUUUAUGAAAUUUUGUACUAAAAAAAAAUCAUUUGGAAAUGAUUGUAUUGUAAACUAAGGCUAAAUUUUUUUUUAAAACCUGUUUCAUGUGUUAUAAAGGCCAGCUUGUAAAAGAAGCUGCAACAGACUUUCUCUGCUCAUGAUUUGCACUCUUAGGGUUUUGUUAGCCCUUUUGUACUACUUUAUUUUUAAAUUGAGAACAUGGUUCUUUACAUAGAAAUCUGCUUCAACCUUAGGAUGUUUUCAGACCAGAGGCAACUUAUUCAUGAAUUUUUAUGAAAACUAUCUACUAGGACAGAUAAGCUGAACAGUGAUGAUCUGUAGCCAUUUAUGGACUGAAUGUAAUGGUUGAUAUAUGUACAUUCUGAUAUUUUUAAAUCUUUAACUUUUUUAAGUUAAAAAACUACAGCUGCUUAGGUACAGCUUCUUAACUCUUUUUGAGACACUUCCUGUCCUAUCUCCACUGUGCCUGCCUAAAUUUGUUCUCACCAAGCACUGCCUGUGCAUGCAGAGAAAAUCUGUGCAUCCUCUUUUAUAUUUUAAAAAUACUGUUUAACAUUUGUGAGAAUUUUAUGAAAAUGCUUUUGUAUGAGCUGUGGCUUUUUCCCAUUGUGAAGCAUUGAAUAUCACAUUUUGGAACAUGUUAUAGGGUGAGUCCCUGGAUCUUUGCUCACCAGAUCCAAGCACUGCUUCUCAGUGUCAUUGCAGUGUGCUGCUUGUCACCCAGAAUACUACUAUCAUGUGAAUUCUUUUUGUUGUCAGUGUAUUCCUUAGUCUUUUUGUUGUUGUUGUUGUUGUUUUAAUCAUUCCUUUUUUAAGAAGUAAUUUUCCAUUUAUGAAGCAGUAUGAAUUAGAUGUAUUUUCAAAACAGGUCCCUAAGACAAUUCUUUAGAUCAUUUUUUAAUAUGUCAAGCAAGAGAAAAAUUACAUCAUACCGUCUAUUUUGCCCGUAGUGCCAUUUAGAGAUGAAAACCAGCUUUAACUUCGCAAAGUGAACGUGUACAUGGUCUGUUCUCGUUUAUUCAUUCUUCUCUCAAAAGUCAAAUGAAUUCAGAGGGAGCUUGGUCAAACUGCUUUUGUUUCAACUGCAGGCAGGGGAGCAAAAGGACGCCAUUGGAGCAAUGGGAAAAAAAAUAUUGACUCUUACUAACAAUUUUUAUACAGAGAAUGAGUCAUUUUGGAAAUGAUUCUUUUUUUUUUUUCCUUUUAGAAAACUCUCCAAAAGGUUUUGAUGUUGAAUCUUUGUCUUGGACCUGUUUUUUCCUUUGAGGGUUUUUUGUUUUUUCUAGGAUUUCAUAGUGAUGUUUUGGUUUUGUUUUUUGCUUUUUGUUUAAGUUGUGCUGACACCAAACACAUCCAUUUAUUAUCAGUACAUUGGAAAGCUGGUAUUGAUGUAGAACCAGUGCAUAACUUUCUAUGGGGUUUUGUUAUUGGUUUUUUUGUAAAGUGUGAAUAAAAGGUAUGUUUACUCGUUUUUCCUGAACACUGUGCAUCAUGACAAUUUCCAGUGAAGGUGAGCUGGAGCUGGUUGGACUCAUGAGACUGAGGAAGCAGCUUUUCCUACGAUCUGCAUUAUGUGAUCACAGGUCCAGAGAGCUUCAUGGAAGCGGGAGAGGAGGAGCACUUACUCAUUUCGUAUUUGUUAACGGAGGAUGUCAUCUUUUCAUAGAUGCUGGAACUAGAGUGCACUUGUUAGAUGCUAAAGGUUUGAGCUUUACACAAAAUGUAUUCAUCUGUAUUAUUGUCUACAAUAUAUUUGAAUUUGGGGCAGCAUAUUAAGAUAUAAUGGCCUGUUAUGUCUUGAAAAUACUUGUUUUGCCUCUUCCAGGCAUACUGCAUUCUGUGGAUCAGUUUGAACAGCUUCUCCACCUUAUUUGGACAGCGAUAAAUUGAACCAAGAGUGUAGAUUUACAAGUGUAACCUUCAGAAGAGGAAGAAAUAUUUGGGGUCUGUACAGUCACACCAAAAUAGGCUAUGAUGCUUUUGUCAAGAAAGGUUUCAUGUUUUAGAUACUUUCUGUGUCCUAAAUAAUUUUCAAUCAUCUAUACUCCCUAAAAUGCAAUAAAAACUAGUAUGUUUUCACGGUGUAUAUUUUUUUUUCAAAAAUUCUGUAACAAAUAUAUUUAAUGUGUUGCCAUAAUGUAAUUUCAGUGUUUUUGCUGGCUAAAUCCAUUUUAGAAAUGUUUUACAAAAAGUUUAGGGCAUGUUUUCUGUUUUAAAGAUCAGAAGUUUGAGGGCACUCAAGUCCUUGUUGCAAAUCUCUUGAAGUACAGCUUUACCAUAUUGGUGGCAAUUAUUUAUACUUUGAGAAUUUAAAUAUUGUUCGUCAGAUUAACUUAUGGCAUAAUUUAAGCUAAAGUUGUAGAAAUGAAUUGUUGAGUGCAACUUUAAUAGUCCCAAAGAUAGGCAGAGAACAUCUCCAAAAAUGUGGGGGUUUUUUGUGCGUGUGUGUGUGUGUGUGUGUUUUUAAUAUGAUUUAGUGACAACCAGGAAAACUUACUUGGGGUUAUUAGCACUUUCAAACUUAGGGACAUUAUUAAAUUGGAUGGAAUGCACUUCUAAAUGUUUAAAUUAAAAUUUCAAAGCUCUUUUGAGAUUCAAGUUCUCAAUAAUAGUAUUCAAGUUUUAGAUUUUCACUUUGUACUAUUUAAAUUUAUGGAACUAGUUUCCAUACUGACUUCUAAGGUUUUGAGGUCAUAUAUAAGGACUAAAGCCAAGCUAGGCAAAACAAUUACAGCAUUGUUUUUAAUAAAGCUAUCCGAAUAUCCGGUACAAAUGUUUCAGAUAAUUCCAAGAACUCCUUUAGCAGAUGUUCUUCACCAUUCAUAAACAGUAUUUUAAGAUGUUCACUUUGCUCUUCUUUUUGGUUACAUAAAUUUUAAUAACUGGUAUGUUGAAGUAGUGUUUAAAAUAUCUAGUCUUUAUUCACAGUACAUUAUAUUGUGUAAUGCACUGGACUAACUCUUGUUUACCAUUCAUGUAACAAAACCCAGCACAUUAUCUGCACUAUAAGCGCAAAGAAUGUCACAUCCGCCCAGGCAGCUCUUUGAUGAGGGUGAUGGGAACUGAAUAAACCAUAUGGACUGGCGGUAACAAGGGCUUUUACUGUUCUGUUCAGUGGAACCUUCUUGGUCAAACUGUAAUUAGCUAGUAUUAUAUUUAUAUACAGGGUCUUUUUUCUUUACCGAUGUAUUUUCCUACUCAUAGCCAACCAAUAAAUUCAGUAUCUGUUUCAAA